AAUCGGAAGCCGGCGUGCGCCUGAUCCGAACACAGCGCUGGGACGUUCCAGGGCAACGUUCUAUGGGAAGUGUGUGUGAGUUCCGCACAGCAUGGCUGCCAAGGUACUAUUACCCAAGAGAGCUGAUCCAGCUGAACUGAAAACUAUAUUUUAUAAGUAUGCAAGUGUCGAAAAAAAUGGAGACCACUUCAUGUCACCUCUGGACUUUGUCAGAAGUUACUUGAACAUUAGUGGAGAUGGGGAGCCCAAUCCCAAAACAGUGCAGCUCUUGGCUGGCGUGGUGGAUCAAACAAAAGAUGGGCUUAUCUCAUUCCAGGAAUUUGUAGCUUUUGAGUCUGUCCUGUGCGCCCCUGAUGCUUUAUUCAUGGUGGCCUUUCAGCUCUUUGACAAAACUGGGAAAGGAGAAGUUACGUUUGAUGAUGUGAAACAGGUUUUUGGUCAAACCACUAUUCACCAGCACAUUCCAUUUAAUUGGGACUGUGAAUUUAUACAACUACACUUUGGAAAGGACCGUAAGCGACUUCUACCUUAUGCUGAAUUUACUCAGUUUCUGUUGGAAAUACAACUGGAACACGCGAGGCAAGCAUUCGUACAGCGCGACACUGAUCACACUGGCACAAUCAAUGCAAUGGACUUCAGAGAUAUCAUGAUCACAAUCCGACCACACGUCUUAACCCCGUUUGUAGAGCAGUGUUUGGUAGCUGCUGCAGGAGGUACCAUUUCUCAUCAAGUCAGCUUUUCCUAUUUCAAUGGAUUUAAUUCCCUCCUUAACAAUAUGGAGCUGAUUAGGAAGAUAUACAGUACCUUGGCUGGCAGUAGAAAAGAUGUAGAAGUCACUAAAGAGGAGUUUGUGUUGGCUGCGCAGAGAUUUGGUCAAGUUACACCCAUGGAAGUUGACAUACUGUUCCAAUUAGCAGAUUUAUAUGAGCCAAGGGGGCGAAUGACUUUUGCGGAUAUUGAAAGAAUUGCUCCCCUGGAAGAGGGAGCUUUGCCUUAUAAUUUGGCAGAGGCUCAAAGACAGCAUCAAGGCACAGGUGAAGUGUCUCGGACGGUUCUUAUGCAAGUGGCUGAGUCGGCUUACAGAUUUGGUCUUGGUUCAAUCGCAGGAGCUGUUGGCGCUACUGCUGUCUAUCCGAUUGAUUUGGUGAAAACGCGGAUGCAGAAUCAGAGAUCGACAGGAUCGUUUGUAGGAGAACUGAUGUACAAGAACAGUUUUGAUUGUUUUAAGAAGGUGCUGCGAUAUGAAGGCUUCUUUGGACUUUACAGAGGUCUGUUACCUCAGUUGCUUGGAGUAGCUCCGGAAAAAGCUAUUAAAUUAACUGUGAAUGAUUUUGUAAGAGAUAAAUUUAGAACUAAAGACGGUAGUGUUCCAUUACUGGCUGAAAUCAUGGCAGGUGGCUGUGCUGGAGGUUCUCAGGUGAUAUUCACUAACCCUCUAGAGAUCGUGAAGAUUCGCUUACAGGUGGCGGGAGAGAUCACCACAGGCCCUCGCGUUAGUGCCCUGACUGUACUGAGGGAUCUUGGAUUUUUUGGCCUUUAUAAGGGUGCAAAGGCGUGCUUUCUCCGUGACAUCCCCUUUUCGGCUAUAUACUUUCCCUGUUAUGCCCAUUUGAAGAGUUCUUUUGCAAACGAAGAUGGCAGAGUCAGUCCUGGGUAUCUCCUCUUGGCUGGUGCUAUAGCUGGUAUGCCAGCUGCUUCUCUGGUAACACCCGCUGAUGUCAUCAAAACUAGACUGCAGGUAGCGGCUCGAGCUGGCCAGACAACUUAUUCGGGUGUUAUUGAUUGCUUUAGAAAAAUAUUACAAGAGGAAGGACACCGAGCUCUCUGGAAAGGAGCUGGAGCUCGUGUGUUCAGAUCGUCUCCGCAAUUUGGUGUGACACUUUUAACUUACGAGUUGCUACAGAGAUGGUUUUAUGUUGACUUUGGUGGAGUGAAACCCUCUGGCUCAGAACCUGUUCCAAAGUCUCGAAUCAGUCUACCUGCUCCAAAUCCUGAUCAUGUUGGUGGAUAUAAACUAGCAGUUGCCACGUUUGCUGGAAUUGAAAGUAAAUUUGGACUCUACCUUCCACGAUUUCAACCAUCGCCAGCUACCUCAAAACCUACGGUUUCCGCUAAGGCUUGAGAAGACCUCAACCACCCAUUGAAAGACCAUCUAGACGCAUCAUGAUAUGUUACAAUAUUUUCAGGCUUAUACCUUUCUCUAGCCUUUCAACUUUUAUCCAAUGAUCUGUACCAUGAGAGAUUUUAGGGCUUUAAUAUUUUAUAUGUGUAAUUAUGUUUAGUUUGUGCUUCCUAAUUAUUCAUAGCUCUGCAUUGGCUCUGGACCCCUGAAUGUAUUAAUUAAUGUUCUAAUCAUGUUCAGUAAGCCAAAAAUGUCAAUAUUAAUAGGUCAAAUGCCUUUCUCGUUAAAUGUAGUUUUCUUUCAAGUCAGAAAGAGAAAAGCAAUGUAUCCACAAUCUAGUCCCUUCAACAGGCUGUUAGUUAACUGUGUACGUUUGCCCAAGAGGACCUGAGAUAUUGCUUUCCAAGUGAGAAACCAGGAAUGACCACCUCUAUUUUUUUCACUAAAAACCUAUCUGGUUGCUCAAACUGGUAUGGCAUUUAGACACCUUGAGGUUAUUUGAGAUUGCAAAGUGAAUAUAGCCAAACUAAAAUUAAAGCUGACUUUGAGAUAUGUUCCAGUUUUGCUAUUGUGGUUUAAAAAGUACAAUUCACAAUGGAUUCUCCACAGUUUACAAUUUUGUAAAUAACACUGGUCUGCAUCUUAGGAGGUGCAAAACAGGCAGACUUAGAACCUUAGUGUAACGUAUACAUUUGGUUAUAGAGAGUGUUCACCCAGUUCUGUUCCUCAGCAGGACUAAACUCUUGAAAUCUUUGGAGUUAGAACUCAAAGUCAAAAGCAACUUGACCCUAACUACCCAAAUAUGUUGCUAAGAACCUGGCGUUUUACAGAUUGGCAUUCUCUUGCAUUUAAACAACUACAGAACACCACUCCCAUCAAGGACUUGAUAGGAAUCAUUCUUGGGAGUUGGCACGACAGAGGCCACCGUCCCCUGUUAUUAGUUAUGAUUAUUUGGCAGUAGUUUGAGGUGUGUGCGUUUUAUAUCAAAGAUGUUCCCAAAAUGUCAAAAGGAUAAUAAAUAAUUAUAUAUAAUGUUCCCCUCCUUAAAACACGGUCUCGUGUUACUAAUCAGAAUGUAUGUUCACACUGAUCUGUGUGCACUCUCUGGGUGGGAUAAAAUCAAAGGUUCUGCAAAAACCAAACCUCUUAAAGGGACACUUGUCACUUUAACCAAUUUAGCUCAUUUAAUUGGUUAUUGCCUGGAAUAAUCUGGCAUUGUCCUUUCAUUCAGUGAUAAACUAUAUUUGGUCAGUUUAACCCUAAAUAAGGAUACCUGGUAACCCACUUAUUGAGGCGUGGCUAAGGAAGAGAUUAUACUACAAAGCACUUCCUUGUUGUUCAUAUAAUAGCUGUGAUAGGCUAAAAGCAACCAGCGGACACACUCUCAACCAAGCACAGCUGCCCAGGCUAUUACUUACUCAUUAGCCCAAGCAGCACAGAGGAGAAAAAAAAAUCUACAAUGCUGAAUGAAAGGCUGGCUCCAGGGGACUCCAGACACUAUAACCAGUUUAGUUUGAAUUCAGUAAUGCAGAUACAGAGUCCCUUUAAGUUAAAUAACAAAAGCAACCAUGUUUUAUAAACUUACGCACAAUGACUUUAUGUGAACUAUAUCUUAUAUAUUUUAUGUCCAAAAUGUUUUUGUUAACAGAGACACUGAAUCGCCACAGUCCAUUGGCGGAAUGUUUGUAAUCCCAUUGUUUCCUGUAAAUUCUGUGUGUAGUGACGGCUAGACUCCACUGCAUGCCGAGAACCACCUUUUAAUCUGUAUGUUGUACAGGAAAAUGUUUAACAAACGUGUAGAUUAGAAGAUAGGCUUGCCUGAAGCUUGUUUAGGUAUCCACCCACCUCUAAAUCCACGAUGGGGCAUCCCACAAUGCCUAGUACACGGCUGUGUGCGAAGCAUAGUGUAACGUCACUUUUCGGAUUACCGGAGAUAAUGGUUGAUGCCAUCUUUUCAUUGAUCAUUGAACUUGUUAAUUGAUGCAUUUGCUAGGUAUUUUUUUCUGUGACAAUGUAUUGAUAAUUUAUUUUAAUCUAUAAAAUGACACUGUGUGGACAGCCAACUAAUGCUCAGGGAAUAUCAGCAUCCAUUUUAUGAGCACAGUUGUUUGCAUAGUAUUAUUUUGUAUUGCCAGAUCUCAUGACUCGCAGUGAGCUACUAUGUUUUAAUAGCAAAAGGAGAUAAUUGAUGUACUAUGAAAUCUGUUCAAACCUUUCAAUUGCUGCUUAAAUGAAUAAAUAGGAAUCCACAUACUGUAUGUAUAGCUGCCUUACCUAGUGUUUGUCAUUUAACUGAUUUGUUUCCAGAAUACAUCUAGUUCUCUUCUCACAUUAAGCCUUUAAGUACGCUGUACGGAUGUCAAGCAAUGUCAAGAAGAAGACUGUUUGGGUUGUUUUGUUUUUUUCUUCUUCAGAAAAAAACAACAACAACAAACUGCUCUUUAAACCUGUCAAAAGUGGUGAUUGAGUAUUUUUUUCUUUUUUUUUUUUUUUUUUAAUUCUUGUUAGUGCAAUACAGUCUACUUGGAGACUUUGUGAUGUGGGUCUAAUAAAUAGAUUUUUGAACUUAGGACAAUA